AUGGGUCGCGUUCGUACCAAGACUGUCAAGAAGUCCGCCAAGGUCAUCAUUGAGCGUUACUACCCCAAGUUGACUCUCGACUUCGAGACCAACAAGCGCAUCUGCGAUGAGAUUGCUAUCAUUGCCUCCAAGCGCCUGCGCAACAAGAUCGCUGGUUACACCACUCACUUGAUGAAGCGUAUCCAGCGUGGUCCCGUCCGCGGUAUCUCGUUCAAGCUCCAGGAAGAGGAGCGCGAGCGCAAGGACCAGUACGUCCCCGAGGUCUCUGCUCUCGACUUCACCCAGAACUCCGAGUCUGGCAUGCUCGACGUCGACCAGGACACCAAGGACCUCCUCAAGUCCCUCGGCUUCGACGCCAUCAACGUCAACGUCGUCCCCGUCGCCCAGCAGCAGGUUGCCGAGCGUCCUCGCCGCUUCGGCGACCGCCUCCCCCGCAACUAA